GGCCGGGUUAGCGGUGUUCAAACAAUUUUAAACGGCUUAGAAAAAGACUAAGCGUGUUUCUGUUUACAUUGUCUGCUUCUGACGGCGACCUCAAGGACUUUGAGCUGAUCUUCUUUGGGGUUAUCUACCUCCUUCACUUCACAGUUGAAGAUUCUUAAUCAUCGAGCACCGUCAUUCUUUUUUAGUUUGCGAUUGGCCAUAUAAGUUCUUCGGUUCUUCAACCAUGGUGAAUGUUGUGACAAUUACUGCCGGCGGUGCUUUAGGUGUGUGUGUUGGAGGGGUGUUGCUAAGGCAAUGGCUCAAAGGGGGUCGUUGCUAUAGUGAAGCUCAGAUGGAUGGAAAGACAGUUAUCAUUACAGGCUGCAAUACAGGGAUUGGCAAAGAGACUGCAAAGGACCUAGCAAAAAGAGGAGCCCGAGUGAUCAUGGCAUGCAGGAACGUUGAGAAGGCGAAGGAAGCUCAACUAGAUGUCAUCAAAGAAUCUGGAAGCUCCAACGUGGUGGUCAAGAAACUGGACCUUGCUUCUAUGAAGUCCAUCCGAGAGUUUGUAGAGGAGUUAAAGAAAGAGGAAAAAUCACUUGAUGUGCUGGUCAACAAUGCCGGUGUUAUGAUGUGCCCUCGCUGGGAGACAGAGGAUGGUUUUGAGAUGCAGUUUGGAACCAACCACUUGGGCCACUUCCUCUUGACCCUCCUCCUCCUUGACCUAAUCAAGGCGUCGGCUCCGAGCCGCAUCGUCAACGUCUCCUCCCUCGCCCAUCAAUUUGGCAAGAUCAAUUUUGAUGAUAUCAUGUCCAAAGAGAAGUACAGUGACAUGGAUGCUUACGGUCAGAGCAAGCUCGCUAACGUCCUCUUCACACGUGAGCUUGCAACGCGUCUCAAAGGAUCUGGUGUGACUUCUUACGCCGUCCAUCCUGGAGGUGUUGACACCGACCUUGCACGCCACCGUGAUUCCUACCCCUUCUACCUGAGGGUCCUCUUGCCUCUCAUGGUGCCUUUCAUCAAGACAUCUGAAGAGGGCGCUCAAACCAACAUCUACUGCAGCGUAGAUGAGAAGGCAGGCCAAGAGACUGGACUCUACUAUAGUGACUGUGCAGUGAAGCAGGCAGCUAAACAAGGCAGAGAUGAUGAAGCUGCAAGGAAGCUUUGGGAUCUCAGCCUCAAACUGGUCGGACUGGAGGAGUAGCCAGGCAGCUUUGAGAUCUGGGCUCAGAGGUUGUUAGAUUCUCUCUUCAGUGCUAUAUAGCCUCACGUUUGGGUGUAAAGUUUCUCUACGGGUUAGCAAUGUUAAAAUUGUAUUAAUGAAAUUAAUUUGUUAUACCCGGUAAAUAAAAUAUUAUAAUUGUAUUAACGAAAAAGAUAUACAGUGAAACCUGUAUAUAAAGACCACUCAAGGGAGACAAGAAAAGUGGUCUUAAUAGGAAGGUGGCCUUUAUGUGCAGGUGGUAAUAAAUAUUCAUGAGAUUUCAAAUUAUUAUAUAGGGUAUGAAUACCACUCAUAAUAAAAGAACAAAAUUAUGCAGAUGAUUGUAAUCAUGAUAUAGAAGUAUAAUCAUAACUUUAUUAUAAUUAUAUAUUAUAUCUGUUCCUUAGUCAGUAGUGAUAAGUGAGUAGUGAUAACGUAUGGUGUAUUGUACAAUUUUAAAGUAUUAUUAGGUUGGUUAUAUUGUAAUUAUAUUGAAUCAAUGAGAGAUAAAAUAAUCAAAGUUGUUAGGUUGAUUUAAUUGUAUGAAUAGAAAUAUGAUGCAUUUACUGAAUAGAUGAAAAACUGAAAUAAUAAAUGUCUAAACUAAGCUCUUUUAGCAAUGUUAAAGUUAUGAAUUGUUUUUUAGGAAAUCAUGUUGAAAAUUAGUUCAAAUGUUAAAUGGAAAGCAAAAUUUAUAUUAAGCAGCUGGUUUCCUGUUAGUGAUGUUGACUUGAGUAAAAGUUAAUGACAAAGUAAGUGUUAGGCGCUAUAUAAGCACUGUAAUUAUUAUUAUUAUUAUUAUCUGAAAUAUUUAAUUUAUCACUGAAAUGAAAGCAGUUAUUGAGCUGAUAAAAUGCCUGUGUUUGAUUUA